AUGUCUAUAUCAACAAAUCUGUCGGUUAUCAACUUUACACCGUAUGACUGGACUCAGAUAGGAAGAUCAAAAACAGCAGGACUGACAGAAUGGACUUUUCCAAAAAGCCUUGCAUCAGGGCAGGCAUAUGAUGCUGAGAUCGUAGUGAGUAAACCAGCUCAAGCGGAAGCGCAAUGGCCCUUCACUUGGAACGACGGCGCAAACCCGGUCGCCAACCUCACACUUGCGGUCUCCGGCAGCUCGUACUCAAUCAACGCCGCCCUCGAUGAAUACAGUACCGAGCACAACCCUAAAGGUUCUGUCGUGAACAUCCCCUUGACCAACGAGGCAUGGUCUCCUUUCAUCCUGGUUGGCAACGAGAGCAACCUAGCCGGAAAUAACCCUCCGAUCGAUUGGAUGGCACAGAAUCUGCCGUACAUCGGAUGCUUGACACUCCAGGACAUGGUGAUUCCAGGCUCCCACGACGCAGGGAUGUCCGAGAUCAACUAUCCGCGCGAAGGAACCGCUGCCAACAGUCAAACCCAGACGUUGAAUAUCACGGGACAAUUGCAAGCAGGUAUUCGGUAUUUCGACAUCCGCCCCACGAUAUCACACGGCCAAUUCUAUACUGGGCACUAUACAGACGAACUCGGUGCCAACGGCGAAUCGAUCGCCGACAUCAUUUCUGACAUUAACCGAUUCACAGCCAAGGGCAACAAGGAACUCGUCAUCCUCGAGCUGAGCCACACCAUGGACACGGACUCGUCGUACCAGGCCUUCAGUGACUCCCAGUACGGCAGUCUAUUGUCUCAAAUCCGCACGAAUACAAAGCACCUAUACACGGGCCACGGGUCCGACGUCCUCACUAAGUUACCCCUGUCCGACUUCAUCAGCAACUCUGCGGCAGUGGUAAUAGUCUGCGACGAACGAAACACAAGCUGGCUCGCGGCCAAUGGAUUCCAAAAUAAGGGGUUCUACUCGAGCUCCCAGUUCCCCGUGUAUAAUAAUUACGCCGAUACUACGGACCUAGCCACCAUGCAAAAGGAUCAGUACACCAAGCUUGUUGCCCAGACCAAGACCCCGGACAAUGCCGCCCAACUGUUCCUGCUGUCGUGGACGUUUACUCAAAGCAUCAUCGAUGCGGUUGGAUUGGGAGGGGACACUCUGCGCCAGUCGGCGACGCUGUUCAAUGGAUUUCUGGCCCAAGUUGGUGGCGCUGUGCCGUACACUGGGCCUGUUACCUGGGUCGCGGAUAAGGCAGGGCUGCCUAAUAUUAUCUUGAUUGAUAAUGUUCCGACUAAUAAUAGGUUUUUGACGGCCAUGGCUAUUGGUUUGACAAGGUUCUAUGGAACGCAAUGUUAG